UUAAAUUUUAAUAACAUUUUACAAACACAGUGAAUACAUAACUGUCAGUUGAAUUGCAGAAAACUCUUUGGACAUAUGUGUUUACGGGAAGUGCAUUUUGGAUAUGGGACAUUUAUCGGUGCUUUCAAACCACAAUUUAUCAUUGGAUGUACAGUCAGUCAGAUGAUAACCAGAGGAGUAACUGAGUGACCUGAGGCAAGAUGGAGCUCAAUAGCAGCGUAGCCAUGAGCAUCAGCAACGACACGCAGAGCCAUGAGAUCCUGUCUUCCAACACAUCCAACGUAUUUUGUCCGGGUCUCGCUGACUUCAGCGUGGGAUACAGACGGGUUCAUGGCUACGUGAGCUUGGUUGUGUGCCUCUUCGGCUCCGUGGCGAACAGUCUUAACAUCGCGGUGCUCACUCGUCGGGAGAUGACGUCACCAACCAACGCCCUUCUGACCGGUUUGGCUGUUGCCGACCUGCUGGUCAUGCUGGAAUACAUCCCCUUCGCCUGUCACAUGUACAUGCCCCAGAGCACUUCAAGGACAGCCACCGACCAAUAUUCAUAUGCGUGGGCCGUCUUCGUUCUGUUUCACUCGAAUUUCGCCCAGGUAUGCCACACAGUAUCAAUCUGGCUGACAGUGACCCUGGCCGUGUGGAGAUACAUUGCGGUGGCUCACCCUCAGCGGAACAGAGAAUGGUGUUGCAUGAAGACCACAAUCGCAGCUAUUGUAAGCGCUUACGUCGUGAGCCCUUUGCUUUGUAUCCCGCUUUUUCUGGCCUUUAGUAUACAUCCAAAAACUGCCAUUGUGGACAAAUAUGGUCAGAUACUAAAGAAAUCUGACAACAUAGAACUUGUAGAAGGUGGACCGAGAAACAUUACACUAUACAUCGUCAACAUGUCAGAGCUGGGUAAAGCGAACAGCAAUCUUCUCAGCCAUAUCAAUUUCUGGGUGUACAGUGUUGUCAUUAAGUUGAUACCAUGCGCAGCCCUCACGGAGUUAAGCCGCAGACUGAUAUGUGCGCUGUUGGAAACAAAGCGGAGGCGACAACAAUUGACGACUCCAUCAGGUCCAGGUGGGAAGAAGUCUACGAGAAGUUCGAGGUUACUGGAGAAAGAAAGGCAAACCGACCGCACAACAAGGAUGCUACUGGCUGUUUUAUUGUUGUUCCUUCUCACAGAAUUCCCACAAGGUAUACUAGGCCUAUUAUCGGUUUGGUUUGGCGAUAAUUUCUUUAAAAACUGUUAUCAGAAAUUAGGUGAAGUUAUGGAUAUAUUAGCACUUAUUAAUUCAGCAAUUAAUUUCAUUUUAUACUGUGCAAUGAGUAGGCAGUUUCGGUCCACUUUUAGUCUUCUUUUUCGUCCGUCGAUGUUGGACAGGUGGUUACUGGUACCUCAGCAUAAUGGUAACGGUGAUAACAAUGGUUGCACUACUGCUAAUAACAUGACUCAGGUUACUCAGGUCUAGCAUCGGGCGAAGUGGUGGAAACGUGGAAUCAGGCAGGUUUAGUACAGUGUGCUUUCUUUGGCUAUGCUACUUAGAGGGUCUCCACCAUUAUCGUUCUUCUUGAAACUUUGACACAAGUUUAUAAGUGAGAAAUCUUCACGGACGUAUAAAUUAUAUCAAUACAACGACAAGUUUAAUAUUUUUUGUUUAAUUAAAAUGUGAUCUGAAAACUAGGCAGAUAAGAAAACAAUCGAAUUAGUUCACAAGGAAAUAUGUGUGAGUG